AUCCAGAAAGAAAAGACCCUCUGAUGUUGGUAAGUUAACUACCUCCACCAUUACCUCUAGUACACUGAUUAGAGAUCUUUCCAUUUCUCUAGGACCUUGAUAACAGAAGACAUUUUAAAAAGUGAGGUCCCUUCUUCAUAACAGGAUUUCAAUGACACUUGCUAGAAGAAUGCCUUCUAUCAAUGACACCCAGUUCCAUCCCCCCGUCUUUCUCCUGCUGGGAAUACCAGGCCUGGAAACUGUACACACCUGGAUUGCUUUCCCAUUCUGUAUUGUGUACCUGAUUGCACUUGUGGGAAACAUUACCAUCCUUUUUGUGAUCAUGAUUGAACACAGUCUCCACCAGCCCAUGUUCUACUUUCUGGCCAUGUUGUCUAUGAUUGAUCUGGGUCUGUCCACAUCCACGAUCCCGAAAGUGCUGGGAAUCUUCUGGUUCAAUCUCCAGGAGAUCAGUUUUGGGGAAUGCCUUACUCAGAUGUUCUUUAUCCACAUGUUUUCAGGCAUGGAAACUGUUCUACUGGUGGUCAUGGCCUAUGACCGUUUUGUUGCCAUCUGCAAACCUCUCCAGUACACCAUGAUCCUCACCAAUAAAACCAUCACCAUUCUAGGCUCCGUUGUUGUUGGAAGGAAUUUAAUUCUUGUGACCCCAUUUGUGUUUCUCAUCCUGCGGCUGCCCUUUUGUGGGCAUCACAUCAUCCCUCACACUUACUGUGAGCACAUGGGUCUUGCCCGAUUGGCCUGUGCUCCCAUCAAGGUCAACAUCAUCUAUGGGCUCAUGGUGAUUCCUAAUAUUAUUGUGGAUGUGAUCCUGAUUGCCUCUUCCUAUGUGCUCAUCCUCCGAGCUGUUUUUCGCCUUCCCUCUCAGGAUGCCCGACUAAAGGCUCUCAAUACCUGUGGUUCCCAUGUUUGUGUCAUGCUGUGCUUCUACACACCAGCAUUUUUUUCUUUUAUGACCCAUCGUUUUGGUCAGAACAUUCCCCGCUAUAUCCACAUUCUUUUGGCUAAUCUAUAUGUGGUUGUUCCACCUGCCCUUAACCCAGUCAUCUAUGGAGUCAGGACCAAGCAGAACCGGGAACAGGUUGUGAAGAUAUUUGUACAGAAAAAACAAUUCCAAAGAGGUGGAAAAAUAUAUUCAUAUACUACCCAAAAUAUGAUAAUCUGAGCUCUAUUUUACAUCUUCUAUAACGCGGAGUAAUGAUGGCCAAAUUUUUCAUUUUGAUUGGCAGUGGUUUAGAGUAGGCAGAUAAAAGAAAGUUAUCUCUACUAAUACUCCU